AAUUUUCACACUUGCGGAUCUACCUAAAAAAACCCCCACCCACCACCAAAAGCUGCAGCUCCAUCUAUAAAUAGGCCCCCACACAGCCUUCACAAUUCGUGCCUCAACUCAUCUAUCUCCUCUCUAUUGGAUUGGGAUUAAGAACUGAAUUAGGAUUAGUAAUUACAUACUAAUCCAAGAACUAGUCUUUCACUUUCCUGUUCUUGCUCCUAAAGAUCAAUGGCUUCUCAUAUUGUUGGAUACCCUCGCAUGGGCCCCAAGAGAGAGCUCAAGUUUGCACUUGAAUCUUUCUGGGAUAAGAAGAGCUCAGCUGAAGAUUUGCAAAAGGUGGCUGCUGACCUUAGAUCUGACAUCUGGAAGCAGAUGUCCAGUGCUGGUAUCAAGUACAUCCCCAGCAACACCUUUGCAUAUUAUGACCAGGUUCUUGACACAACUGCAAUGCUUGGAGCUGUCCCAGCAAGAUACAACUGGAAUGGUGGUGAGAUCGGUUUUGACACAUACUUCUCCAUGGCCAGAGGUAAUGCCACCGUUCCAGCUAUGGAAAUGACCAAGUGGUUUGACACCAACUACCAUUACAUUGUUCCUGAGUUGGGACCAGAGGUGAAGUUCUCAUAUGCCUCACACAAAGCAGUAACUGAGUACAAGGAGGCCAAGGCGCUCGGUAUUGAUACCGUGCCAAUCCUUGUCGGACCAGUCAGCUACUUGUUGCUAUCUAAACCUGCAAAGGGUGUUGACAAAACCUUCAAUCUUCUUUCUCUUCUCGAUAGCAUCCUUCCAAUCUACAAGGAAGUCGUGUCUGAGCUGAAGGCUGCUGGUGCUUCAUGGAUUCAGUUUGAUGAGCCCACUCUUGUAAAGGAUCUUGAAGCACAUCAAUUGGAAGCCUUCACUAAGGCCUACUCUCAGCUAGAGUCAUCCCUUUCUGGUCUUAAUGUCCUCUUUGAGACCUACUUUGCUGAUGUUCCAGCUGAUGCUUUCAAGACCCUCACUUCUCUAAAGGGUGUCACAGCUUUUGGUUUUGAUUUGGUUCGUGGAGAGAAGACUCUUGAGUUGAUUAAGAGUAGUUUCCCUUCUGGAAAAUACCUAUUUGCUGGUGUUGUUGAUGGAAGGAACAUCUGGGCCAAUGAUCUUGCUUCGUCUCUCACUACCUUGGAGUCUCUUGAGAAAAUUGUGGGAAAAGACAAGCUUGUUGUUUCUACCUCUUGCUCACUUCUUCACACGGCUGUUGACCUUGUUAAUGAGACCAAACUGGACGAUGAAAUGAAAUCGUGGCUUGCAUUUGCUGCACAGAAAAUUGUUGAGGUGAAUGCCUUGGCCAAGGCUCUCUGUGGUUCCAAGGAUGAGGCUUUUUUCUCUGCUAAUGCUUCAGCUCAGGCUUCAAGAAAAUCCUCUCCAAGAGUGACCAAUGAGGCUGUUCAGAAGGCUGCUUCCGCUUUGAAGGGUUCUGAUCAUCGCCGUGCUACCAAUGUCAGUUCCAGACUAGAUGCUCAGCAAAAGAAACUUAACCUUCCCAUUCUUCCCACAACUACCAUUGGUUCUUUCCCUCAAACAGUUGAGCUCCGAAGAGUUCGCCGAGAAUUCAAGGCCAAGAAGAUUUCUGAGGACGACUAUGUCUCUUCAAUGAAGGAGGAGAUCAGCAAAGUUGUCAAACUACAGGAAGAGCUUGACAUUGACGUCCUAGUUCAUGGAGAGCCAGAGAGGAACGAUAUGGUUGAGUACUUUGGAGAGCAGUUGUCUGGUUUUGCCUUCACUGCUAACGGAUGGGUCCAAUCUUAUGGAUCUCGAUGUGUGAAGCCACCAAUUAUCUAUGGUGAUGUGAGCCGCCCCAAGCCAAUGACCGUGUUCUGGUCUUCUAUGGCCCAAAGCAUGACCAAGCGCCCAAUGAAGGGAAUGCUUACAGGACCUGUUACCAUUCUCAACUGGUCCUUUGUCCGCAAUGACCAGCCCAGAUUUGAGACUUGCUACCAGAUUGCUUUGUCCAUUAAGGAUGAAGUGGAGGAUCUUGAGAAGGCAGGCAUCACUGUCAUUCAAAUCGAUGAGGCGGCUUUGAGAGAGGGAUUGCCUUUAAGGAAGUCAGAGCAUGCUUUCUAUCUGGACUGGGCUGUCCAUUCCUUCAGGAUCACCAACGUUGGGGUUCAAGACACCACCCAGAUCCACACUCACAUGUGCUACUCCAACUUUAAUGACAUCAUCCACUCGAUUAUUGACAUGGAUGCUGAUGUCAUCACCAUUGAGAACUCCCGAUCCGACGAGAAGCUCCUGUCAGUGUUCCGUGAGGGAGUUAAGUACGGUGCUGGUAUUGGUCCCGGUGUCUAUGAUAUCCACUCUCCUAGAAUACCAUCAACUGAAGAGAUUGCUGACAGAAUCAACAAGAUGCUUGCAGUUCUUGAAACCAACAUCUUGUGGGUCAACCCUGAUUGUGGACUCAAGACUCGCAAGUACGCUGAAGUGAACCCAGCCCUCAAGGCCAUGGUUGACGCUGCCAAAUCCCUCCGCACCAAGCUCGCAAGUGCCAAGUGAAGGCAGUUGGUCUAAAGGACGAGAAGAAUGUCCAUCAUUCCGCCCUUAAAAUUUUCUUUAAUGUUGUUGAUUCUGGUGAUUAAAUCACAGUUAGUAGGUUUUGGUUUUUAUUAAUUUUGGUUACUGUUUUAAUUUUCGGAAAAAUAUUAUCACUUUGUAUUCUUUGGGGGUUUUGCCUUCUUUCAGGAAAGGCUACAAACUUUUAAGUUUACCUUGAGAAUCAAAUUUAUAAGAAAUGAUAUCAACAGUUUGUGAAA